GGCUCAGCUGAUCUGACUCUCUUGGACUCUCUCUCUGUCCCUCACUGCUGCCAACAGCCUGGGGAGAGCAUGAGCAUGAGCAUGACCCAGAGGAGCUGGACCCUGCUCAGAAACACGCACACACAGCUGAGUGGGCUGGUCCCUCCUGCCUGUGCAGACUGUGCCACUGCAGCACACAGCCAGUUUAUCAUUAACUUCCACAGAGGCAGCCUAAGCAGCAGCAGCCACAGCCUGUGCCAGGGGAAGCUCCCAGAGGCCAAUCCCUGGCUCACUGGCAGAACCUGCUGCUAACAUGGCGAGCUCCAGCCCAGAUGAGCCGCCUGCUAAGGAGACACCAGGCACUGAGUGCCCCAUAUAUGAAGAGGUGAUAUGCCUUGACAGAGCGGAGCAGAACCAAAGACUGGCAGUGGAAGAGCUGAUCAAGACAGAGGCCAGUUAUGUCCACACCAUCGAGCUGUGUGUGUGUGACAUCCGGGUCCACCUCCAGCAAAAGCAGCUGCCUGACAUAGACCUGGAAGGGCUUUUCUCUAAUAUAGAUGACGUCCUCUGUGUCUCCAAACGUUUCCUGAAAGGGCUGGAAGCGACAGUGAGCCAGGAGCCUGAGCAGCUGCUUCUGAUCACAGGGUGGAGAGGAGCCUCCUGUGACUUUGAACUUCUCCUGCUCAUCUGGUGGGGAGAGUGGAGACCUCCAUCUCUGCACCAGCCUUCGAAGGCUUCCUUCACACUGUCCCCUGCCAGGGUUCCUCAGCCACAGCUUGGAGGUGCCUUGUUCCAGGAGUUCAAGGAGGAGAUGGAGAGCGUCUAUAAGGUUUACUGUGCCUGCUAUGAGCAAGCUCUUCUGCUGGUGGAGAGUUACAAGAAGGACCCGAGAUUGCAGCAGGAGAUUGUGGAGACCCUGAAUACGACGGUGCCUCACACGGGUGCUUCAGACCUGAGCUUCUUCCUGGUGAUACCUGUGCAGAGGGUCACCAAGUACCCGCUGCUGCUGCAGAAGAUCCUGGAGAACACGUCAGCCAGGGACAAUGCCUACUCUGCCCUGCAGAGCGCAGCCAGUGCCAUGCUCGAGAUUAAUGCCAACAUCAACGAGUACAAGAGGCGCAAGGAAGUAGCAACCAAAUACAGCAAGGUCGAGCACCUGACACUGCGGGAGCGCCUUGGCCGGCUCAACAAGCAUUCCAUUGCCAAGAAGACCACGCGGCUGAGCCGGCUCUUCAUGCACGAAGCAGGCAUUGUGCCCAAGACAGAGGACAAAGAGUUCGACCAUCUGGAGGAAAAGUUUCAGUUCCUGGCAUCUGGUGUGACUGAGCUGAAGGAGAACGUAACCUCUUACCUGAACAAUUUACAGGUCUUCCUCCUUUCCAAACCACAGGAGUGUGAGCUAGAAAUGGAAGGAGCUGCCCAGCAGUAUCGUCGCCUGGCAGGAAUGCUCCAUCGCACCAUCUUCCCGGAGUUUAGGAGACGGCUGGACCAGCUGGUUUACCAGCCACUCUGCAGCCUGUCAGAGACUCUGAAGGGACCGCAGCAGCUGAUCAGGAAGCGCCUGGACAAGCUGCUGGACUAUGAGGAGAUCGAGGAGAAGAAGAGUGAGACGGGCAACGUGACGUACGAUGAGGAGGCCACCAUGAACACCUACCUCGCCAUCAACACCCUACUGGUGUCCGAGCUCCCCACCUUCAACCAGGUGGCCAUGCAGUGGCUGGGGCAGAUACUGCGCUCGCUUGUGGCCCUUCAGAGGGACUUGGCCAAGCAGGUGCUCCAAGAGGCUGAAAUAGAGCUGGCCCAGCUGCCGCAUAGCCACGUCCCUUUGCCUACUUUCUGGAAGAUGGUGAAGGAGACUUUAAGACAGUCUGGUGCUCAGCUUAACUCCUUCUGCCAGAAAUUUGAGACGGUCAUGCCGAGCCCUGUGGUACAGCCUCUUAGCCCUGCUGAGGAGCGCAGGGUCCUUUCACUUGUCAGUAAACAUGGCCCAGAGAAGCUCUACCAGGUGACGAGCAACAUCAGUGGCAGCAGAGAUCUGGACCUGACCCUGCAGAGGGGACAGAUUGUGGCUCUUCUGCAUGAAAUGGACACCAAAGGCAACACUAACAGAUGGCUAGUGGAUGCUGGAGGUCACCGAGGGUAUGUCCUGGCUGGGAAACUCCAACCAUAUCAUCUGGUCCAAAGUCAAAAGCCCAGGAUGCAGAUGCUGGCCCCAGACGCUGGGGUUGAGAGAAGACGGCACUCUUACACCUUACCCGAAACACCCAGGCCACAGGUCCUCGUCACCCCUCCGGCUUUCCAGGUGGUUGCAGGUUAUGCAUUCACAGCCAGGAGCCCCCAUGAGGUCAGUCUGCAGGCAGGGCAGCCGUUGACAGUGCUGGAACCUCACGAUAAGAAGGGAAGCAAGGAGUGGAGCUUGGUGGAAGUCAACGGACAGCGGGGCUACGUACCUUCCAGUUACCUGAUGAUGGUCCCCACCCAGGAGCUGGGGGGUUGGAGCUUGCCUGCUUGGUCUCUACCAACUCAGCAAACAUAGCAGCAGAAGCAAUGUUCAGGAAUGAGCGAUCCACUCCCCUACCCACCCCAUCUCCCAGAGGGGCUUGGCACAUGCAGUGAGUAAAGCUGGAAAAUGAGCUGGCAAAGAAAUGAAGAGGCCCCGCUGGACUGAGAACAGGAAGGACAAAAACUACUGACAUAGAAUUUAGCAUGGGGAACUUUGUGUGCAGAAAAGGGGGUGGGGGUGGGGGUGUUACUCUGAGAGUGCCUUUUGUGUCGUCAUGCAGGAGGGCAUGAAGGUGCGAGGGUGUGUUUGUGUCUGCAUCAUCCGAGCCAUUAGCAAUUCUUUUUGAAAAGUCAUGGAAGAUGAGAGAGAUUCCAGAGGACUGGAAAAGGGUAAAUGGUGCCAAUCUAUAAAAAGGGAAAUAAGGACAACCCGGGGAAUUACAGACCAGUUAGCUUAACUUCA